AUGCAGCCCCUGCCUUUUAAGCAGGCUCAAACUGGAUUAUUUCUCCAGUUGGUCUUCUUGCUCUGCUGCCUGAUAGAGUGCCUCUUGGAUUCUGUGGCUUUGGAUUUUCCAGGUACUGUAUCUUGCCAUGAUGAUAAAAUACAAAUCUGGCUUCCUAAGGAAUUUGAAAAUUCAACUACUUGGCAAAUAGAAAUGCUUGAUGCAAGUGGGGAAGAAAUUCAUGAGUGUCAGUAUGCUGUGGACUAUAAAAAACAAACUGUGAUGACUGUAUAUGGGAACUGCACAAACCUAGAGAAGGAUAAUAAUAAGCGCCACCUGAGAUUUCGGCUGCAGUUCAACAGCACAGUGACUCAGGACCUGAAGGAUGACAUUUACGAUAUUGACUGUGAUGCUGUCCCAGCAGAUGAAGCUUCUGUCUCUCGUAGAUUUACCAGCGCUACAAACUGCACAAAAGACUUCAUGGCUGUUACAUUCCCAAGACUCAUCCCCAGCUUCCAUGAUGAAUAUGCGAAUGCAGGGUCACGGAUAGAGUGGAUUGUGUCGAUAGAUGAUGGAACACAAACACACAGCCUAAGCCUUAGACAAGCUAUACAGCAGGGUUACACCUUUCUUAUGGAUGGCAACCACAUCAUCUUCAGAGUCCCCUUUGAUGCUAUGGGAGUUGUUACAUACAAGCAAGACGGCUAUGUUCUCUACACUGUGGCACUCAAACUUACCUAUGGACCUCCUGAACAACGGCUAACUGUGGAAUCAAGAAUGAUCUGUGCUCCAGGUCCAGCAACAUGUAAUUCGACUCAUAUGACAAUCACCAUUCCAGCGUUCCCAGGAAUAUUGACAGCUGUCAUUCUAGAUGAUAAGGAUAUUCCUCUCAACCAGUUUCAAGCUAAUGGAAUUGGUGUAGACACAAGGAGGGGUCUACAGGUGUUCAUCAGCAAGAAAGACUUGAAAUCCCGGCUCUACAGAGAUGGUGACUGCUCAGGCCUCCAGUCAUAUACCUCAUCCCUGAAAAUGAAAUUUGAUUACUAUGGUGAAAUGGCAACAAUGAUUACUUACCCAAAGUGUCCUUGUGAGCAAAAUGCACCAAUAGCUGCUGUAUGCACACAGGAUGGCCACAUGGAGUUUGACAUACUCAGCAACAGCACAAAGCCUGCACUAAACCUGGAUACUCUCAAGCUGAAAGACCCUGCCUGCGGCCCAGUCUUCAGAUCUCCUUCAAGCAAUAUUGUUCAAUUUCGUGUGCCACUGAAUGGGUGUGGAACCAAGCAGAGGCUUGAAGGUGAGAAAGUUAUUUAUGAGAAUGAAGUGACUGCACUUUGGGCAGAUCUCCCACCACGAUGGAUCUCCAGGGACAGUGAAUUCAGGCUAACAGUGAUGUGCACCUAUAGUAGUGAUGAUGUGUCGCUAAAUAUCAGGAUGAGCAGCCAUCCGCCUCCUGAGUCUGUAGUAAACCAAGGCCCCCUCUCCCUGAUCCUCCUCAUCUACCCAGAUGACUCCUACCUAUACCCUUACAGUGAUAACCAGUACCCUAUCGUAAAAUAUUUGCAGCAACCCAUUUUCUUGGAAGUUCAAGUACUUAACCGUAAUGACCCAAAUAUCCACCUGAUGCUGGAUGACUGCUGGGCUACACUGUCUGUAGAUCCAUCUUCCUUGCCUCGCUGGAACAUUGUGGUAGAUGGCUGUGACUAUGAACUCGACAACUACAAAACAGUGUUCCAUCCUGUGGGCCCUGCUGUCAGCUUUUCCAACUUCCGUCAGAGAUUUGAAGUGAAAGCAUUUGCGUUUGUUUCUGAUGGCAAAGCACUUCCAAGCCUGGUAUACUUUCACUGCAGUGUUAUUAUCUGUGACAGACUUCACCCAGACUCGCCUCUGUGUUCAACCAGGUGCCCUCUUCCUUCCAGAAGCAGACGGGAUGUGGCACCACCAGAAAAUGCUGCUAUAGUCACUCUUCCUCAUGCUGUCAUUCUGAUCCCAGAGGAGCAACUUGAUAUUAAAGGUCCACAGAAGUGGAGUAAUGGAACGUGGGUGACAGCCACCUUAGUAGCUGCUGGGACCAUUAGCCUUCUUGCCACAGCACUAGCAGGAAUAGCUUGUUUGAAAAUUCAGAAGAAGAGAACUGUCCUGGUAAACUGAAUAAAAUGA